AACUCCGGGAAAGAUGUUUGUUGUCCAGUAUUAAACAACAACAUUCACAACAUUAACAAUAAACCUCCUAAAAAAGAACGUGUUUAUUUGUGGCUACGUUGGUUUUUUAUAUUUUUUAAUCUCCAGUUUAAUAGGCUAAAAAGAGGGGAAAAAUGGAAAAUAACUUGAUCGUUAAUAAUAACACUCCGGGUAAUACCAUAGUCGACCAUCUGAACGCGGCGUCUGUUUGUGGCUCACACAUGUUAGCUAGCCUAGUAGCACUGCCGUAUUAACAGCUGGCCAGCUCCUGGGAUUCGCUUUGGCAAAUUAUGAACGCUCUCCGCGUAGUGAAAUCGCAAAGGGUCAUCUCAACAGCCCUGCAUUGAUUUUUUUUUUUUUACACAAGCAGGGGGGCUACCCCCUUUGUUUUUCAUCGGCACCCACAUGAAUAAUUGUUGAUUAGGGAAUUAUGAAGGUGAACAAACAAACACAGGGUAAAGGCCAUACUAAAUCUCAGAAGUGGAAGGAUGUGAGGGGCAAACGAUGCAGGCCUCCCAUCACUUCCUCUGAACUCAACUCUACUCCUGUCAUGGCCAGGAUGAUAAAAGAGCACCAGGCAUCUGUGAAGAAAAAACCCAACGUCAAGAGACUGAAAAAUAAGGCAAAGUCUGUGUCCAACUGCAAGAAAAACACUCCUCAGUCUGGAGUGAAGAAAUCUUACAGGCAGGCUAAUGGAAGUUCAGUAUUUGCGAUGGACAAUGAGUCUGAUGACUCGCAGGACUGGAAGGAGUAUUCCCAGUCCAUUCAUGGGAACGGUGUGGAGACCUCGGCUGACACGGAGGAUGUCAGCCCAGGUAGACUGGAGGGAGAGACUCUCCAUUACUGUGCAGAGAGAGAUGAUCGGCGAAAACAUGCAGUACUUGUCAUGCAGAAGGAUCAGACCCUUUGUUUCCGUGGGAAGUGCUUUUUGACCUGCCUGUAUGGUCGGGUAGAAGUGAUGGGUUUCACUAUUGAAGAAGGCCAGCAGUCGUAUCCACUCUUCUCCCCGGCCUCACACUGUCCACUCACCAUUAGAGCACUAGAAAGCUCUGAUGACACCAGAGAUGACAGAACAGAGGCUUCAUCCAUCCUCCGAAAGUAUCUGUCAUCAGCGUCGCAGAAAAAGCUGCUAAAAAGGGUUAUGUCACACUCAUCCAUCAUCCUACUGGAGCCCAUGGAGACGCUCCUGACACGGUUUAUGUCAAGCCUCUCAGAUCUCAGUGAAUUGUUCAGCCCCCCGAUGAGCGAACUCAUGUCAGCUGUUCUUGACACGCCUCUCAACGGUUUGGGCAUGAUUCCUCUGGUCAGAACCAUCGAGGGCCUGAAAAUGUCAAAGAGCUACAGAGAGGCUCUUAGCACGGUUGUCAGUGCCUGCAGAGGGGACAUGGACGGUUGUGCAGUCAUCCUUGUAUGUGGCAGCAAGAAUGUGGGGAAGUCGACGUUUAUCCGCACCCUCAUCAAUACCUUACUAAAUCACACCACUUGUGUAGAUUAUUUGGAAGGCGACCUCGGUCAAACAGAAUUCACCCCUGCUGGUUGUCUGUCUUUGUCAACUGUAAGAGAACCACUGCUAGGUCCACCUUUCACACAUCAGCGCACACCAGAGCACAUGAUCUACUAUGGUCAGUCGUCAUGCGAGUCGGACUUAGACCGCUACCUGGAAUCCCUGAAGUCCUUAUGGCGUAGACGAUCCCAGAGCAGAGAGACUCCCGUCAUUAUCAACACCAUGGGCUGGGUCAAAGGAUUUGGAUUCCAGCUGCUAGUGGACAUGAUCCGCUUCUUCCCGGUCUCACAUGUCAUCCAGCUCGGUCAUAGUGGCAUCACCCAGUGUCCUGCCCUCAGUCCAGAGUUUCUCAGGACGGCACACGGCUGUCAGACGCACCCACCUGCCCAGACCGCUCUGGACGAGUUUACAGAGAGCCACAGUCCCCCCAGAAGCUACACUCACCUUAUUGUACAAUCAGAGUUUCAAGGUGCGGGACGUCAAGGGACAGCGAAACACCAGCGUGCUAAUGAGCACAGAGAGCUGUCAUUGCUGGCCUACCUCAGUCAGCUGCAGUCUCCUGAACCUGGACCAGUUAGACCCAUACACAGCCUCACCCCAUUCCAGGUGCCCCACACAGCCGUGGCUUUAGGUGUGAUCCACUGCGAGGUGGUGCCCAGUCACAUGUUUUAUGCAGCCAACGCCGCCCUGGUGGGGCUCUGCUGCCUGGCAGAGAAAAUAACGAGCAGAGGAGGUCCAGUCCUGCUUUCCCAGGCACCCAUCUGUCCAUGUGUAGGCUUUGGUGUGCUUCGGGGUAUUGACAUGGCACGAGGUCUGUACUUUUUGCUGACACCUGUAGAUCCCUCCAUCCUUUGUAAGGUCAACUGUCUCCUACUGGGAGCCAUAUCGCUGCCCUCCUGCAUCCUCACAACACAGCCCGGCUUUGAGGGAGAGAUGCCCUAUGUCACUACGGACUACAGUUUUGAUCUCACUGGUGCCGGAAAGUUGCGAGUCUUCAAAGGACUGAUGAGACCGGGUCAAACAGGGAUGUAGUGACUUUUUUCUACAAAGCAUCAGUUUAUUGCCCUUUACCUUCUCGACUGGUGUCCUACGCCAAACCAGUCAGCACUGGCCUUUGAAUGUACAGAACUGAGGUUGAGUUGGGACAGUUUUUUUUUUUUUUGGACAGAGCUGCCAGAAAUACAGACCUUGCAGGAGAAGAUGGCGGCCUUCCUGGGUGCUCUCACCAUGUCUUACAACCUGCUACUGUACGUACAUUUGACGGGGCUGUGAAGGAGUUUUGAGUUUCCGGCUUUUCUGUCACUUGGACAAUAAUAUCAUCAUCACGUUGUAGUUAAACUUCUUGUUUGAUGUCUCUUCUUUGUAGGUGACAUUCCAAAACUGAAACCAUAAACCUGCCAGAUAUUAAAUGAGAAACAACUUU